AUGAGGGUGCAGCUGCUGCAUGUUCCCGCAGGAGACGCCUUCGUGGCCCUGUUGCUGCCGGCCUUCGUCUCGACGGUGUAUGGCGGAUUUCUGCUUGCUGCAGUGCUGCAGCAAGAGCAGGCUUCCCCCCCCUUAGACCCGCACCCGCUUUGGGGGCCUCUAGCUGUGGCUCUAGGGAGCGCCUUGUGCUUCAGCUUACUGCUGGGUCUUGCCGGCCCCUAUGCCGCUAGCGACUCCAUCCCUGCAGCGGACUUGUGGUUGCUGCUUGGACUGCUGCUGCCGGCCCUCGCCGCUGCUCUUACAAUCGGUCCUCCUUCUCUCGGGCUUACCCCAGUUAAGCUGUAUGGGGUCCCGUAUCUGUCUGCAACAGUUGGGCUGUACUGCUUCGCCGGGCUGUCACCAUUGCUGCUGCUGCUGCUUGCCGCAGCAGCGGCAGCCAUAUGCGCUGCGCAGGCCGCUCGAUGGGGCGCCGGUGCUGCUGACCAGGUCCUGAACUCCCUGCAUGCAACAGCAGCAAACUUCCUGGGGUGGUGUCUUUGGUCGCGAAUAUGGCAAGAGGCGGUGGCGCUGCUGGUUGCUGAGCUGCUGCCGUAUCAGUCCGCCUGCUCGGUGCUUCCAGGCCUAGAGGCAUACGAGCUUCGGGUUCUCAAGGCUCAACGCAAUCACGUUCCAUCUGCUUCUGCUGAUCCUGCUGCUGAUGCUCCUGCAGCGCUUCCUCCUGGCCGCGCUUCUCCUGCAACAGUAACAGGAAUACCCGCAGUUGCUGCAGAAACACCGGUUGCUGCCGAUACCACAGCAGCAGCUGCAGCAGGCGACGAUGCCACUGCAGCACACUCGAACAGAACUCGCUGGCCAAGGCCCGGCUUCGCGCUCUCUUCUGGAGAUGUGCAGCAACAGCAGCAGCAGCAACGGCUGCAACAACAACUUCAACAGCAGCUGUACUCGUCAUCCUACGAGACGCUUCCUAGAAAUCCCAGGGCUCCUCUGUCUCCGCGGCUGCAGCAGCAGCAGCAAACGCACCAAAAUCAAGUAAGGCGCCGCGCACCAGCAGCAACUGACCUCUAUCUCCCCCGCAGCUACUCUUCUUUUAUAGCAGAGCCAGCACCCGUGCCCCCGCAGCGUCAUCAGCUGCAGCACGGUCCCCACCUGCAGCAGCAAGAGCAGCCUCACCAGUUCUUCGACCAGCAACUACAGCAGCAGCAGAAAGAACCGCAACAGAUGGAGCAGCAGCAACAACGACAGCAGCAGCAUAAACAGGCACACUUCACGGACUCCUCCCGAUGUUGCUCCCCUAAAUCCCCCGUUGACGGUGAUAUAGCUGCAGCAACAGGAACAGAAGGUGCAGCAACAGCAGCAGCACUGGCUGCUCCGCAUGCAAAGGCUCCUGUAGCAAAGCUCAUCCAAUCGCCCCUUCAUAGCUCUCAGCCGCCACAGGAGCACCACCAACUGCAACAAGAGCAAGAUGUCCAACCCCAUCCUCAACCUGACUGGCACCAGCACCUCGAGCAGCAGCAGCAGGACAGCGGGAGGCAGAAUCAGCAGCAGCAGCAGCAGCAGAACCACGAUAAGCAGCAGCGGCAGCAGCAGGACAACGAUAAGCAGCAGCAGCAGCAGGACCACGAGAAGCAGCGGAAGCAGCAGGGCCACGAUAAGCAGCAGCAGCAGCAGGACCACGAGGAGCAGUGGCAGCAGCAGGACCACGAUAAGCAGCAGCAGCAGCAGGACUACGACAAGCAGCGGCAGCAGCAGGACCACGAGAGGCAGCGGCGGCAGCAGGACCACGAGAAGCAGCAGCAACAGGAGCAGGACAACGAGAAGCAGCAGCAACCGGAGCAGGACAACGAGAAGCAGCAGCAAGAGCAGCAGGACAACGAGAAGCAGCAGCAGCAGCGGCAGGACCACGAGAAGCAGCAGCAGAAACAUCAGCAACAAGACGAGCAGCAGAGGCCGAAGCAAAGCCCCCUAAUGCUGCAGGAAACCAGAGGCACCCACACACGCGUUCGCACCAGGCGCCAGCAUACGACACCCUCCACGCUACUGCAGAGCGUUGCUGAAGCAGCAGCAGCACCAGCAGCGCCGCCACUAGCAGUAGCACUGGAUUGGGAAGUCAGGGGAACAGCCAAAGGAACUGAAGAGCACAAAACAACAACACGGCGACAGUCCUUACCAAGGUUGAGUCCGCCUCCAUCCGCCUCCGCACGCCAGCAGCAGCAGCAGCACAGGCAGCGGCAUUCGAUUGCCUGGAUCCCACCUCACCCUUUAGAUGCAACGACGAUCGGUGCGCCGUUAGCUGUGGCUGGUGCAACAACAGGUGCAGCAGCGGCUGCAGCAGCAGCUGCUGCUGCUGCCGCAGCAGCAGCAGCAGCCGGCGUCGCUGCUGAGACCGCUCAGUUGUGGCGCUUUGGUGGCCUGGAAUUGCCCCCUGCAGAGGUCAGCGGUUCUGCUCCUCCUUCUGUAGCAGCAUCUGCAGUAGCAGCAGCAGCAAGGCCCCGUCGCGGGAGCGCACAUCAAGGAGGCAGCAGCAGCAGGAGCAGCAGUGGGGUACAGCCAGCAGACUGUGCUGGCCGAGAGCUUCUUUACAAGCCCACGUGGGACCCUCGCGUGGAGUCUGGUGGCGCUGGGAUCCGUGCGGCUCCUUCAGCAGCAGCAGCACCGGCAGCAGCAACAACCCAAGCUGGAGGAGCAGCAACAACUGCGGGCGCCACCGCUACUGCUUCAGCAGUUGCUGCUACAGUGGCCAGCAUGCGGAGCCCCGCUGCUGCUCUUAAGAAGGCCGCAAGGCGGCUGGUUGUACUCCACAGCACCACGCGAACAGUGGCGUUGAAGAAGAGGUGGUUAGUAAGGCGAUCACUGCAGCAGCAGCAGCAACAGCAACAGCAGCAGCACCUGCUACACGUGCUGCAAAUGCAGCAAAAGCAAACCCCAGCAGCCGUAGACAAGGGGCCUUUCCCAGCGCAGCGUCUAAGAGGGGGCAGCAGCAGCUGCAGCAGCCUUUGCCGCAGCAGCAGCCAGAUCUCCGCAUCUCUUCAUGCCGCAGUAGCAGCAGGUGCAGCCCUUACGGCUCCUCACCUCUCUACAGGCGCCCUUGGGCUAGGCAGCAGCAGCAGGAGAGGCAGCUGCUGCAGCAGCACUUACCUGUCCAGCUCAAGUGCUGCUGGCCUCCCAACAGCUGACUUGCCGGCCUCUUCCGUUGCUCCUCCCUCAGCUUGCGCUUCUCCGGGAGCGACCCCUGCUUCUCUUUCCGGCGGCGUUGCCGCUGCUGCUGCUCCCGCUGGGCCAGCACCUACCCCGAGAAGCAGCAACAGGACUGCAGAGCUGCGCCUGCAGCAGCAGAGGUUGCAGUGGUUGCAGCAGCGACUCGCCGAGAACGAAAUAGACAAUCUCUUCGUCGAGUCCCUCGACGCUUGCUGGGAGUGUUGCUGGCGCCUCUGCCAGGAUGCCCCGUCUGCGCCUGCUGCCACUGCUGCAGUCCCUGCAGCAGCUGCUCCAGCAGCCACUGCGAUCCCAGCUGCUGCUGAGGCUUUAGGUUUAGGUGCGGCUGUAAGGGGGGACCACGAGCAGCAGCAACAGUAUCUGGAUCGCCGCCAUCCGGUGCCGCCUUCAGUGAUGCAACAGCAGCAGCAGCAGCAGCAGCUCCAGCAGCUCGAGCAGCAGCCACAGCAACAGCGGCAGCAGCUAUUGCUGCAGCAAGAGCCAGAAACCCAACUGCUUAGUGGGCAGGCUGAUGCGACUUCUUGCCUCUCAGCAGUGCGGGCUAUGGGAGCGCUGGAAGCUGCAGCGGUGGGUGGGUCUGGGUCUGGGUCUGGGUCUGGGCCUGUGUUUGUGUUCGGGCUUGCGGGUGGGGGUGCGGGUGUGCCGGCGGGUGUGGGUGGGUGUGCACGUCUGCAACAGUGGAGGAAGCAGCAAAAGACGGGGGGGUCUGCGCUGCCGCAGCAUCUGCUGCAGCAAAUUAUAUGCAACGCGGCAUCAGCCGCAAUAGCAGCACCAGCUGCUGCUGGUGUUGCAACACUAUCCGAUGCAGCAGAAUCUGCAGCAGGUUGGAGGGCAGCACCAAAGAAGGGCAGCCUGAAAACUGUUCGUGUAGACCCCCGUGUGGCCUUCAUCCAGCCACAGCAGCAGCUGCACCACUGGCGGCAGCAGGAAGCAGGGGGAAGGCUACGCUUCCGCGGGAACGUUUUGCGGGGGCCUAUGCGGUGUAUGUACAGCGCAAAACGUGUAAGGACUCCGACGAAAGACGAGAGGCAGCAAGAAGCUGUUGCCUUUGUCCUGACAAGGGAACUCCUGAGGAGGGAGCGGCAAGGGCCGCAGCCCGGGCCCCUUGCGUCUGCAGCAGCAGCAGCUGCUGCUGCUGCUGCCCCGCAGGUGCAGCAGCAGCAAGGAGUAUGCCCAAGUUCCACGCAGCGAGCCCUAAGGGGAAGCAGGGCGCACAGCAGCAACCGCUGCGGCAGUGACAGCAGCAUCUGCAACACACCCAACAGCCAACAUGCAGGGAUAUGGAUUGGAGGCCACACUCCGGCAAACCUCCCUUCUGCAGCAAUAACUACAAUGGCGACACCUGCAGCAGCAACAGCAGCGACAGCACCGACAGUGCCAACAGCACCAACAGCAGAAACGACAAUAACAAGAAAGUGGUGUGAGUCAGAUAAUCAACUGAAGACGCACGCUAGGACCGGCAGGUUCUCCUUGGAAAAACCUGCACAGAGAAACUGCACAGCAACAGCAGAGGCCAACGCAGCAGCAGUAACAGAACGGGAAGAGUGUGGCAUACGCGAGGGAGAGACAGGAAAGGGACGCACGAGCCACAGGCGACGGCUGCAGCUGUCUCUCUGCUGCAAAGCAACAGCUGCUGCUUUCUUCCUGCGGCUGCAGCAUGCAGUGGCAGUUGUUGCUGCUGCUAGCCUGCUGGCGCAGGAGACCCGCCGCAGCAUUCCGCCCCCCAUGCCGCUGCAGCGUGUGACAGUGGGCUUUGCGGACGCUGCAAUUGAGGAGCAAUAUUGCGCCUGGCGAGUCGGGUGGAUGGAGCGGAAGCGGCUCAGCAGCUGCAGCAAGCCGGCACUGUUACUGUGGGGAUUAUUCAGUUUGCUUCUGCCUGCUGCUGCCUUUUGGUGGGCCUUGGAUGGUGUGAUUGGUGGCAGCAAGCAGCAGCACCAGGACCAAUACCUUUUCUAUAGCUUCAAGUUCUAUGCUGCUUUAAGACUGAUGCUGCAGCUGGGCGGAGAGGCAACUCUGUUCCUGUUUCUUCCUUGUAGCGGCACAAACAGCGACAGUAGCAAGAACAGUAAUAAGGGUAGUAGCAGCAACCAUGACAGCAGCAGCGGCGCCCAGACCAAUGCCUAUAUGCGCUGCUUAGUGUCGUAUUUAUUCCACCUAAGGCUCUUUCUCUCUUUGUUGGAUGUACCCUUUCAGUUGCAGUUCUUAUCGCUUCAGCAACAGGCAGUCGAGGAUUUGGUGGUUUAUGGGCCUCUGCUGCUACAACUUGCAGCAGCAGCCUUGCAGCAGCAGCAACAGCAGCGGCACGCAUAUCUCCUGUUUGUAAUAUACUAUGCUGGGUACUGCUGCAUCGUCGUUGUUACUCUGGUUCUCAUAGAGAGUCAUGUUCUUCAGGGGCCACCUGCCUUCUCUCUUUUGCUGCUGCUCCUGCGCAGCGGAGCUGCAUUCUCUGCCAUCUGCACGGAGGAAAAGUGCAGCAGAUGCGUCUUCUCAACAACAGUGCUGCCCUACUUGCUUCGGCUGGAGGCAGCAAACUGCUGCGCCUGCUGUACGUACAAUGCAUCGAGAGCACCAGAUCAACCAGAAGCCCACACAGGAGAGGCAACAGCAGCAACUCAGGUAGCAGCACCAGCAGCAGUAGAAGAGUCUCGAUCUGGUGCCUUCAAGACAAAGCAGCAGCUGGUUCCUCCCCAGCAGCAACAUGGACUGCUGCAGCAGAUGCAGCAGCAGGACAAACCGUCUGAAUGUGCAGCAACCGGGACGCAGAGGAGCAGCCAAAUGUCCCAAGACAGCAAACAGCAACGAAGCAGGAAAAGCCAAAUACAGUUGCGCAGCACUGCUUCACAUCCCCCCCGUGCACCUUCAAACAAAAGCAGCAGCAGCGCUAGCAGCAUCAGAGCAACAGCUGCCACGACAGCACGCAAGCCUAGAUUCUUCCAUAGGAUCACCGAAGUCCUCUUUAAUAUAGGUCGAAGACUCCAGAGAUUCCUUCGCCAGCAUCGGAAGCCCAUGAGAGAGGGCAGCUUGGAGCAGCAGCGCGAGCAGCAGCAGCAGCAACGGGAGUGGAAACACCAAGACAGCCAUCAGCUGCGACGCUGCUGUUCUACAGGCCCCUUCAUGGGAAGAGAAGAGGAAGCAGCAACGCCUGCUGAAGAUAAUGCUGCUGCUGCUGCCACUGCGUGGUCUGACCUGGAGCCCUCGCGCGCCUAUAGAGAGCUGGUUGACAGCCUCCCAUCGCCAAGUCGAAGACAGCGCCAUCGCCACAGCAGCAGCAGCAGUAGCAGCAGCAGCACCAUCUGGGAGCCCCGCCGUCCCAUUGGGCUGAGACGCAAAGGUGUCGAUACACCUGAGCCGUCGAGACGGCCACCCAACAAGGUCUCGAAGAUGCUGUGCUGCUGCAUCCGGCGACGCUCGUCACGAGCAGGAACAGCAGCACCAACAGCAGCAGCAACAGCAACAGCAACAGCACCGGCAGCAGCAGCAACGACACUUGCUGCUACUGCCCCUGCUGCGGUUUCCGUCACCUCUGCCGCCCCAUUGCCCGAACCUCGGGCGAUUUCGAAACAGAGUAGCAUCAGUAGCAGCAACAGCCGCAAUAGCAGCAGCAGCACACCUAUGGCUCCAGCCGACAACGUCAGCACCUGGAAAUGGAGGAUACGGAGCGAAAGUGGUUGUUCUCUGCAACAGCAGCAACAGCAGCUGCGUCUCAGCAGCAGUAGCAGCAGCAGCAGCAGACGGGCCGUAUGGACACUUGUGCAGCUGUCAAAUGAAGCAGGCCAAGACAGCAGCGCCAUACGGGCUCCUACUCGCCUUGGUACUGCAUUCAUGCUGCUUUUGUGCUGUCUGGAAACGGUGCGUGAGGCCACGGCAUUCGUGCAGCAGAAGGAGCAGCAGCAAAACAAGAAGAUGAUGCUUCAGCGUGUGCACACACGGCUGUUGACCCUCCACAAAGGCUCCAGGCGCCAACAAAAAUCUCCUACCUCUUCAUUUCCAUCACCAGCAGCAGCCGCAGUUGCUGCUGCUGCUGCCUCUUUCUCUUUACGUGAUGGGCAGCCCUGGAGCCGACUGCAAACCCUGAGGUUCUCUAACAGAAACGGCAGCAACAGUAGCAGCAGUAACUUAUGGCUAAGGGGGAAUAGCAUCAAAGAGAGUCCCCUCAGCAAGCGGACUGGAGAGGCAGUGCGGCUGCAGAGUCGCCCGUUGCUGCACCAGUUGUCGGAGUGGCAGAAGCGCAGCAACAGCAGCAGCAGCAGCAGCAGCGGAAGCAGGAUGUGGGGUGACACAGGGGCAGCACCCCCUGUACACCCGGUCCGGUCAGUAGCAAAGCAAACAGCACAAGCGUCUUAUCGCUUCCCGCUCUUUUCGACUCGCGCUCCUGCUGCUGCGCCUGCUACAGCUGCUGCUGCAGGACAAACCCCUGCUACUGCUGUAUCUUUAGGCACUGGAAGAUUUAUGAGGGGAGAGGAGAACAGCCCACAUGGGGACAGUAACAGGUCAGCAGCAACAGCAUCAGCAGGUGCACUCUGCAGGUGUACCGACGCCGCUAUCUCCAGUUGGGGCACCAAGAGGCAGCAAGUAACCACACUGCAGCAGCAGCUGCAGCUGCAACCGUCUCGCACACUAUGCAUUUCAUCUCUCGACCAGCGAGCUGCAGCAGAGGCAGGGUACGGAUUAGCCGCUGCUGCUUCAGCAGCGAGAGGCGCAGCAGCAGUACCAGGACGGGCUGAGGCGCGGCCUACCACACCAACUGCUGCAGCAACAGACGUAUGGAUAUCUGUGCCUUCUCUUCACCCCAGUUGGCCUUGCUCUGAGCUGCGGCACAGGCAGCAGCAGGAGCAGCAGCAACAGCAGCAGCUGUGGUUGACCCGCACCGGUUCUGCUGCUCCUCCAGAUGUGUCUCCUCAGCUUCACAGGGUCUUUAGCAUGCGGCGCCCUGAGAACUACAGCAGCAAACGCAGCGGCAGCAACAACAGCCUCUGGGCAGCAGCAAAUACAAGAGAAACCCUGGGGCUAAAGGAGACAGCCCCAGACGCUCUAGAGCAUGUCCAAGCCCCCCGUGCAUCUCGUCGUCCCUCGUUGUUGCAGCCAGGAUGCUGGCAGCGCUCCGCUGCAGCUGCUUCUCCUGCUGCUGCUGCUGCUGCGGCUUCAGCAGCUCCUGCUGCAGUCGACGGCAGUGGAUACGGUGGAUCGGGGGCCAUGAGUAGGGAGCCCCAGCGAGGGAGCAGCACGAGCAGCAGCCAGCAGCAGAGUCAGGACACAGCAGCAGCAGCGCGUGCAACAGCUCGUGCCACUGCUGUUGCAUUGGGUCGUGGUGGAAGUGCCCGUGUACGAGCUGCAAAAGAAGGUGCUGCUGUUGUAGCACAGCGAGCAGCAGCAGCAGCUUUAAUUGCUGCAGCAGAGGAGGUAGGAGAUGGUCUCCCCGACGCGAGACAAGAAGUAGCAGCACUUAUUGCUGUUGCUGCAGCAGCAGCAGCAUUUGCUGCUGUUUCUGCCUCAGCAGCAGCAUUUGUUGCUGUUUCUGCUGCAGCAAAAGCAUUUGCUGCUGUUUCUGCCUCAUCAGCAGCAUUUGUUGCCGUUUCUGCUGCAGCAGCAGCAUUUGCUGCUGUUUCUGCUGCGGCAGCAGCAUUUGCUGCUGUUUCCGCUGCAGCAGCAGCAUUUGCUGCUGUUUCUGCUGCAGCGGCAGCAAUCGCUGCUCUUGCUGCUGCUGCAGCAUGUAAUACACCGUCUCCCGCAGCAGCAACCGCUGCUGCAGCCAAUGCAGCACCAAACGCAUCCCAGCAACAGCACUGCCACCGCAUGAUGCAGUACGAUCCAAAGAUUGAUUCUGAUACGGCAAGAGAGCAACAGCAAGAGAGCAGCACAUACUGCAUUAGCAGCAGAAAACCAAUACAUGUGUUGCAGUAA